AUGAAGGUCCUUCACUUGAUCUACCUCGGCUUUGUUGCCGGUACAUAUGCCGCUGCCAUCGGAAACUUCAAAAACUCGACUGAGCACCUCGACACGGACAAUACCGACACUGACGUCGAUGACUGGCAUCAUGAGGAGGUAGUUGCCGGUGAAUUCACAUUCACCAAGAAACGCAGCCCGACCUUGGAGACCAGAUUUGUACGUUACUACGGCAUAGUCCCGUCCAUUUACUGA